GAAAAAUAUUCCUGAUAGAAAAAUUCAUGAAACGCUUAAAUUAAGCUACGAUGGGCUACGUGAUGAUCAUGUGAAGGGUGUGUUCCUUGACAUAUCUUGUUUCUUUCUUGGAUGGGGUAAACUUCUUGUCACGGCAAUAUUGGAUGGUUGUAGUCGUUUUUCUGUAGAAGCAGAAAUUACCACACUUUGCGAACGAUGUCUCUUAUAUAUUGAUGUAGAGAAAAAUUUGAGGAUGCAUGAUUUGAUUCGAGAUAUGGGAAGAGAAAUUUUGCGGGCAGAAUCUUCUGUGGAAUUGGGAAAACGUAGUCGAUUGUGGCAUAGUGAAGAUGCAAAAACCGUGCUUAGGAACAAAUUGGGAACAGAAGCAGUUGAAGGCCUAACCUUAUUUUUGCCAAAAGAUUCUGAUGACGAGCAAAGCUUCAGUACGAAGCGUUUAAGAAGAUGUGGCGUCUGAAAUUUCUCAAGCUGGAAAAUGUAAAGUUGACUGGAAGCUACAAACAUCUUUCCAAGGAGUUAAGAUUGUUGUAUUGGGAUGGAUUUCCUCUUAAAGCCAUACCAGCAGAUUUUGAUCAACGAAACCUAGUUUUUAUGCAACUGACCAGCAGCAAGAUUGUACGAGUUUGGGAGGAUUCGAACCUGUUGCCUAAGAAGUUGAAGUAUCUCAUUCUUGGAGGCUGCCAUAACUUGACUAAAUUACCAGACUUUUCAAAACUCCCACUUCUCGAGGUAUUGAACCUCGGUGGCUGUAAGGGUUUGUGUGGGGCUUACCAUUUUUUAGCACAACUGAAGAUGAUUCAGGCAUUAAAUCUCAGCAACUGCAAUAUAACAGAUGGUGCCGUUCUCGAAAUAAUUGGGAGUCUAUCUUCUUUAAGAGCUUUAUAUCUAAGUGGGAAUGGUUUUAAUAGGCUACCCAUUCUCAGUGGCCUUUCUCAGCUUCAGUUUUUACGUCUAAAUCAUUGCACAAACCUUCAGGCAAUCCCAGAUUUGCCGAACAGUUUGAUUGAAUUGGAAGCGAAUAACUGCACUGCACUGGAAAUAAUGUCCGACUUUUCAGAGAUGUCGAAAAUGAGGAAAUUGGAACUGAAAGAAUGCCGCAAACUCAAAGAUAUUCCAAACUUGGAGAACUCAUUGGACUACAUGGUUUCAAUUCAUAUGGAAGGGUGUACCAGUCUCACUGGUACUUUUAAGGAGAACCUCCAAACGAAAAAUGCAUUUGGUGGAAUUUUUCUCUCUGGAAAUGAUAUUCCUCACCGGUUAGCCUACGUCGCGAGAGAGGAUGAAAUUGUCCAAUUUGUAGUGCCGCAAAGUAAUGAUUAUAUAAGAGGGUUGGCUUUGGGCAUCGUUUAUUCUUCGAAAACGACGAUUCUACUGGGUUUCUAUCCAUUGAUGUUGUUAAUCUUGCCCAGCGAACUAGAUUUCGCAUCUGGGCAAUGAAGGCCACCGUAACUGCUUCCCAUGAAGAUCAUCUUUGGUUGGGAAAUAUUUCAAACAAGAAGCUCAAUCUGAAAGGCGGCGACAUGGUUCUUGUAGGAGCAAAAUUUUAUGGAGAUAAAAGAAUUGAGGUGAACAAAACAGGAGUAGAUAUUGUAAAGUGGGAUUUGUCUGAUAGUGGUACUAAUUGGGACACCUAUGUGACUAAGCCAUAUAAGUCUAUUGAAGACGGUGCUAGGUCAAGAGUGUCUGAUGUAGGCACUGAUGCCGAUACACUAUUGAGCUAUUGCCACGUUUUCCUCUGCUACAAGACCCCAGAGGCCUGGCCAUGGCGCAACAAAGGCCCUGAGUUCGAUCCACUCACUAGGUUCUUCGCAUCUGCUCUCAAAGCUCGCAAGAACGACAUCACCGUUAAGACGUUGCUAUCAGUAAUUGAAGGACACGAAGGAACUGAGUUUUCCGACGGGGAUGUGUUGAUUUUCCCACAAAUGAUCAAAUAUAGGGGCUUGAAAGAGUCGGAUGUGGAUAGCUUUGUUGAUGAUGUCCUUGUGAAUGACAAACCAUGGGCUUUCGGAGUGCAAGAGCCGUUGACUGGCCCCCGUGUAUUUAUAUGCGCACAUAUUAGUGACAAUCUUUUUUCCGCACGUUUGGUCGCAGGUAUUCUCAUUUAUAAUUUCAAACAUGAGACUAAGCUGCGAGGAUUGACAGAUCAGGUAUUUGUUACUGCUUGCUUUCAAAUUGGAGGCCGCAAGUAUGCUAGAGAACUCAGGAUCUACAACCCAGAUUCAGAUGGAAGCAUGACAUGCCAUUGGUAUCCCUUCGUCACCUUUUCUGCCGUGUCGCAAUUGCUUGAUAAGCAUAUUGGGAAGGGAGAGAUUAUAGAACGACAUUGGAGGGGCCAAAUGGGAGCAUCUUCUGAUAAAGCUGAAGAAAUUAAUGACCGGGAGCUUCCAAAUGGAGAAGAAAAUAAGAAAAUCGAGGAGAAGCCACAAGAAAGGAAUCAGAUUCACCAAGAAAAGGGCAAUCAGAUUGAGAAUAAUGAGAACUUUUCAGGCUGUUGCCAAGGUGCUAAUAGUGAUGGAUUUACAUGUUGCGAAGAAGUAAGUUUGGAAGAGAACGGUGGAAGUGAGGAAAAAAAGCCGAAAGAAACCAGAGGGUCGUGUGCCAUAAAGGAUGCCUUACGGAAGCUGUCAAGCUUGAUUGGGAACUGGAAGCAAAGCAAUGUUCUCGCAGCUGCUGCUGUGGUUGGAGCAGUGGCAAUAGUGGUUGUGGCCUAUAGCUUUUACAGAAGGUCACGCUGAAGCGUACUCUAAUCCAUGUCGGGUUUUGCCACGGGUGUCAAUGCUUUAUUUUCUUUUUCAUUUUUUCUUUGUAGAAAGAUGGUAUAACUUCAAUUAAAUAAUCCUCGGAACCAUGCUCUUAAAUGAACGAAAUGUAAUAAACUAUUGAAUGGUUUUAUCUUGAUUGGGAUCUCUUAUGAGACUGC